AUGGCGUUUAGCAGCCCAUCCAGCGCUUCAUGGCGCAAAGAUGUCAUGUCGCAAUCCAUUGCUUCAUACUUCAACAAAGGAUCGGAAGACGGGCAAACGGUCGUCAACGAAGCCUCUCGCGAGACCUCGACGGGUGACACUGCGGACAACGGAGUGCUGGGUGGAAACCCCGCUGCGAAUCAGGAGAAGGAUGGAGGUGUUGCGAAAACCGAUGACAACGAGUUGGACCCCAUGACCAGCCGUAUCGAAGGUGGGGUCGAGUACAAGUCAAUGGUCUGGUGGCAAGCCGGGAUGGUCAUGGUUGCCGAGACCAUCUCGCUCGGGAUCCUUUCGCUUCCUGGAGCCAUGGCCACCCUGGGGGUGGUACCAGGUUUGAUCCUCCUCGUGUCGCUGGGAGCCAUGGCUUCAUAUUCUGGAUAUGUCAUUGGCCAAUUCAAGCAGUGCUACCCUCAAGUUCACUCGAUGGGAUGCGCUGGUGAAGUCCUGUUCGGGCGUUGGGGCGGUGAGAUUCUUGGAUGGGGUCAGUUUUUGUUCUAUGUUUUCAUCAUGGGCAGCCACAUCCUGACCUUUUCCAUCAUGAUGAAUGCCAUCACGGAGCAUGGUAGCUGUACGAUUGUCUGGAUGGUGAUCGGAACGAUCCUCAGUCUGGUAUUCACGCUGCCUCGGACACUGAAAAACCUCUCGUACUACUCAGUGGUCAGCUUCAUCAGCAUCAUCGGAGCUGUCGUGAUCACUAUGAUUGGAGUCAGCAUCACCAAGCCAGGUAUGAGGCUUGUGGAUGGACAUGAGGUGCUUACCGUUCGUCUUUGGCCUCGAGACAAUCUGUCUUUCCAGGAUGGAUUCCUGGCAGUCGCUAACAUGGUGUUUGCGUACGCCGGGCAUGUUGCCUUCUUCACCUUCAUUUCGGAAUUGAGGAAUCCACGAGACUUCCCCAAGGCAUUGGCGUUCCUCCAGUGCAGCGACAUUAGCAUGUACAUAAUCACUGCGAUUGUGGUGUACUACUAUGCAGGCGAUGAAGUCGCCAGUCCUGCCUUGGACAGCGCCAGCCACGUGGUCAGGAAAGUGGCUUAUGGCAUUGCCAUUCCCACCAUUGUGAUUGCCGGGGUCGUCAAUGGCCACGUGGGUGUCAAGUACGUGUAUGUACGACUGCUUCGCGACAACUCUGAAGACCUCAUGCACCAAAAGACGUGGAAGUCGUACGGGAUCUGGGUAGGCCUCUGUACCGUGUCCUGGCUCGGGGCAUGGAUCAUCGCCGAAGCUGUACCGGUCUUCAAUAAUCUGCUGGGGCUGACCAGUGCCCUUUUCGCCAGCUGGUUUACCCUUGGACUGAGCGGAAUGUUUUGGAUGCAGAUGAACCUGAUGAAUGGCGGCCGAUGGUGGAAGGUUGUCCCGCGAAACGGGUGGACUUUUGGCAAAGCCAUGUUGUUGUUGGUCAAUGUGGUCAACAUCGCGGUGGGAGCCAUCCUAGUAAGUUGCAUCUGUGAUCUUGAACAAGCCGAGAGGUGCUGA